UCCAAGUGCAGGUUUCUGGGUUGGCAGCAGUGCGUAAGAAUCGAGCGUGGCACGCGGCGGAAUAUUGACCAAAAUUACCGCGAACUCAAACAUCUGGAAACCCACAGAAGAAAACGGUCGCCAACGACGCCCUUCAUACACGUAUUUUUCAGAAACACUCAAAUUGUUCGGGCAGGAGCAGCCAUGCCAUUUGGCUGUUUGACUCUGGGAGAGAAGAAGGACUACAACAGUCCUUCAGAGGUCACUGAUAAGUAUGACCUGGGACAGGUAGUAAAAUCGGAGGAGUUUUGUGAAAUCUUCAGGGCGAAGGACAAGAACACACUGAAAAUGUACACCUGUAAAAAGUUCCUGAAGAAAGACGGGAGGAAAGUACGGAAAGCAGCCAAAAACGAGAUCCUCAUCUUGAAAAUGGUGAAGCAUCAUAACAUCCUCCAGCUGGUAGAUGUCUUUGAGACGAGAAAAGAGUACUUCCUCUUUCUGGAGCUGGCUACAGGGAGGGAGGUGUUCGACUGGAUCUUGGACCAGGGCUACUACUCAGAGCGUGACACCAGUAAUGUGAUCCGGCAGGUUCUUGAGGCUGUGGCGUACCUGCACUCUCUCCGCAUUGUUCACAGAAACUUGAAGCUGGAAAAUCUGGUCUACUACAACCGUCUGAAGAACUCUAAAAUUGUAAUCAGCGAUUUUCAUCUGGCCAAACUGGAAAACGGUCUCAUCAAAGAGCCAUGUGGCACACCUGAGUACCUUGCUCCAGAGGUGGUCGGCAGGCAGAGAUAUGGCAGACCGGUGGACUGCUGGGCCAUCGGGGUGAUCAUGUACAUCCUACUGUCAGGAAACCCACCUUUUUAUGAUGAGACGGAUGAUGAUGAUUAUGACAAUCAUGAUAAGAACUUGUUCCGGAAAAUUCUGUCUGGAGACUACGAGUUUGAUUCGCCCUACUGGGACGACAUUUCAGAUUCAGCAAAAAGCUUAGUCGCUUGUUUAAUGGACGUGGACCAGGACCAAAGACUGACCGCACAGGAAGCCAUCAACCAUGAGUGGAUAUCUGGAAAUGCUGCCUCAGACAAGAACAUCAAAGAUGGCGUUUGUGCUCAAAUCGAGAAAAACUUUGCAAAAGCUAAAUGGAAGAAAGCUGUCCGUGUGACCACCAUGAUGAAGAGGCUCCGGGCUCCGGAUCAAAGUGACUCUGGAGCCUCUAGUCCAGCACUGGGAGCCUCAGGAGGACCCGUCACCCCCAGCACCACCCCUGUUCCUCUGGCUGCCACACCCGAGGCCUCGGCUUCUACCCGGUGCAAUGGAGAGAUGUUGACAUCCCAGCAGCGCAGUGGAAACAAUCGAGAGGAAUAGAAUGGCUGAUUACAUUGAGAAAUAUGGUGAUAAAUAGAGCAGCAUCUACACACGUUGUAAACACACAGGGUUUCUGCAGGUCUUUAAAAGGCCUCUCAAUGUAUUACAGAUUAUAAUAAUUCACCUUUCAACAAUUAAAGGCCCUUAAAAAGUGUUAAAUUAGUGUGGAAAGUCAUAAUUGUUGCAUGCACUGCAAAUAAUUGAUAACUUCAUCAGUAGUUUUGAAGGAAAUAAGUCUUAAUUUUUGAGACAUUAAACACAUUAUUUCUGCUUGAACUGACAAGACAUGGAUCCCGAGUCAUGAAUCUUUGGACAUUUGCACUAAAACAAAACAUAAAUACUGAGGACGAAUGCCACAGUGUCACUGUUUGCAUAAUGUUUGACAGCAGAACUAUUCAAAACUCCUUUUUUCAAUGAAUUUGAUAUUAAUAUAAGUAAAAUAAAGUUGUAUUGUUAAACUUGUGUAUUGCUAAUACUUCUAAUCUGUGCACUCCCAAUAAAUGCACAUUUAGAGAUCAGAAUAUUCAAAAAAUUGCUAUCAUUGGUCUUAAAAAUGUAAAUUCAUAAAUUCUGCAGAAACCCUGUACAUCUAAAUUUAGUGGAGCAAAUUUCAAUUGUGCUUAGAAGCUUGAAUGCCAUUUUACAUUUUCAAUCGUGCAAAAUGCUGUAAUCUUUGAGGAAGAAUUUAAAAUGUAAAUCCCUGUUCCAUAGUAGUCUAUCAGUAUUUUCUUAAUCAAAGAAAUAUCCUUUGUAAACUCCAGAAAUUAUAGUGAUUUAAUGUUGUGGUUAAUUUAAAGCCAAUUCAAAGCCAAAUCAUGUCAAUCCUUUUCCAAACAGUUAUAAUGUUACAAAGUUAAAAAAAAAACAUUAAAUCAAAAUAUCGAAUCAAAUAGCAUCCAUACCUUAAUUUAUUUAGUUAAUUUACUUUUUAUUAGAAGUUAUAUUUAUGUAGAUAAAAUGUGUUCUGCUUUAUUUGAAAGACAUUAGCUUUUUCUGGAUUUAAAUUCUUGGCCCAUAUAAAAAAAAAUGCCACUGAAUAAGAUCAAUUAUGAACCCAUUAAAGAAGAUAAUUGACUUCAAUACAAAUAAUCAAGCAGAAAAGCAAAGCAAUCUAAUGUACCACUUUAAAAUCUGUUUGCAUAUAACAAAAUGUUUGGACGUUUUCUUUUAGACUUGUCUCCAGUUGUCUGUUUGAUGCUAAAUAGCUGCUAAAUUACACUUGAUAUCAAUAUUUCUGUUGUAAUAUUGGCUAACCAGCAACUAAAACUGCUGCUGUACUUGAUUAAUGUACAAAUCAUUGUUUUUAUCAAUACUAUCAUCAUAUCAGUAUUAUCUGGUGUUUUUGUACUGCUAAGUCAUGUUUCUUUUCGUUUGCUCCACACUACCUGACAAAAGUCUUGUCGUCAAUCCCAAUUGUAAGAGCAGCAAAUUAUAAAUUGACUUCUAGUUGAUGAUUAGGAAACGUGGCAGAAGGUCGAUUUUUCAGAUGAAUCAUCUGUUGAACUGCAUCCCAAUCAUCACAAAUACUGCAGAAGAUCUAUUGGAACCAGCAUGGACCCACGAUUCACACAGAAAUCAGUCAAGUUUGGUUAAGGAAAAAUCAUGAUUAGGGAUUACAUUCAGCAUGGGGGCAUGCGAAAGAUCUGCAGAGUGGAUAGCAACAUCAACAGCCUGAGGUAUCAAGACAUUUGUUCUGCCUGUUGCAUUACAAACCACAGGAGAGGGCAGAUUCUUCAGCAGGAUAGCGCUCCUUCCCAUUCUUUAGCCUCCACAUCAAAUUUCCUGAAAGCAAAGAAGGUCAAGGUGCUCCAGGAUUGGCCAGCCCAGUCACCAGGCAUGAAUAUUAUUGAGCAUGUCUGGGGUAAGAUGGAGGAGGCAUUGAAGAUGAAUCCAAAGAAUCUUGAUAAACUCUGGGAGUCCUGCAAGAACGCUUUCUUUGCCAUUCCAGAUGACUUUAUUAAUAAGUUAUUUGAGUCACUGCAGAGAUGUCUGGAUACAGUCCUCCAAGCUCAUGGGAGUCAUACACAAUAUUAAUUCUUUUUCCACUGCACCAUGACUUUAUAUUCUACACUGUACAUUAUUUCUGUUAAGUGACAAGACUUUAGUCUAGGCAAAGUCAGACUUUACUGUCCUAAAUAAAUAAAUAAUAUUUUAUUUGGGUAAAAUAAGCAUAAUCUUUACUUCAUAUAAGGCACUUCUGAUACCAACUGAUCAACUAGCAGUCAAGUUAUUAUUUGUUGUUCCUAAAACUUUAAUAGGCGAAAUGCCUUUUGUCAGAUAGUGUACAAUCUUUCAAGGAAUUAUGUAGCUCUUUUUAUUCAAUCUGCCCUUAUAUCUGUAUUCUGAAAGCACUGCAUUUUACACAGAAUACAGCUGAGUCUGGUCUCCAGAAUGUUCUGUUAAUGUGCAGUACAAAUGAAGCAAUAUGAGUAUUGCUGUAAUACUGUGAAACUGCUAUACAGGUGAUAAAAUGUUCCUGCCAUAUUUCAUACAGGUAGCCAAGCAAUUUGCUCUUGAUGGUCUUUUGCUGUGUAUUAUGUUGCGUUAAUGUAUUCUGCCAAAAACCCAGAUGUUAUUUUUAACUGUCCACACGGAGAGAGAUGAAUCCAAAUGUCUUUAAACUGCAAACUCCUGCUGUAGCUACUGUCCAUUAUGGCCUAUAUUUAUUUGUUUAUUGUCGUUUGUUUAACUUAGCAUGACUUCCUGGUGAUCACAGUCACAUUUCACGAGAUAAACUCCUCUCACUGUAUAUAGCUUCACUUAGUUUUAUCUGUUAGUGUUAUGGCAGUAAUGUAAACGAUUCUCCCGUUUUGUUUGACCUCUGUGUGCAUUGGUUUGACCUCGACUGGAAAUCAAAUCAUAAUUUUCUCAUUUAUGUUUUCCUCUUCAGGAUUCACUGACCGUAGGCUCUGUAGACACUGAAAUAUAUUUUCUGAGAAAAGUUUUCAUAAUAGAAGACAGAGCAGAAAACGAAGCAAACUCAAAUGUGGAAAAUGUGCAGUUCAUCACUGUCGUGUAUCAGCUCAGCCUAAUGUGUUCGUCACUGUUUGUUUGUGGCUUCUGUAUUUUGUUACUCGAUAUGCAGAAUAAAUGUCUUUGGACAGUGU